AUGGACGAUUCUAUUACAAAAUCAUCAAUGAACAACCUGGAGGAGAUGCCGGUCGAAAUUCUUCUUACAAUUGCAUCAAACCUUGAUUGCUAUGAUUUCAGAGUCAUUACCUUUGUGUCCUGGCGUCUCCGAUCUGCCCUCGCCCCUAGCCUUUUCAAGAUGAUUAUACUUUCUGGUACAUUGGAGAAGAUAGCUCAUGAUAUGAAAUCUCUGCUGGGCGGCGAAUCUCAAAAUCUGAUGGAGCUUAUUCUUUCAUCUACCAAGUAUUCACUCCAUCCCAGAAUCCGAUGCGUCGGUCCGCUGACUGAUGAUGCACCUAGGCUUGUUACCAUCAGCCUCGAAGCUUGCCAUUGCGCCGAAGGGUUUAACGAAGCAAACCUCCUGGAAGACAUAAUGGAGACUAUGAGCAAGUUUGUUUCCAAGCUAUCAUCAACCCAUAUGAUUGCCUUUGACUUUGGUGUCGACGGUCAAAUUGCUACGCGUCAUCCUGGUCAUGCUCACUUGCAGGCUGCAUUGGAUCUAUUGCGCACGACACCACAAUGGAAUGGCCCCAAGACCGUGGACUUCCCAAGUCCAACCAAUGCCCUGGCCUUCGGUACCAUAAUGCGUCAAUUUUCUCGCUGUAGUAUUGAAGCGGUUCACUUUCCUCCAGCCAGUUUUGCGCGCCCUCGAGACAUCUUGCGAUCAACACUUUCGUCGGUGAAAGGUUUGAGAAUUGAUAUGAGUGGGAUGCGUACGGAAUCGCGGACUCUAGCCUGUAUUGAUGACAAGUACAUGUGUCGAUUGAGCCGUGACUUUCCACACCUGCAAUCGCUCUUCCUGGAUCAGCUUGACACUGAUGGCUUCAAAUCUCACGUUGGGCAUAUUCCACGGAAAUCGAUUUUGCCCAAGAUUGCCCCCUAUUUCGAGAAACUCAUCUCACGUCUGAACACGAUGCCACGACUACGCCGUUUCGCGUUCACAUUGACGAAAGAUUGGCAGGUGAAUGAAUACGAAUGCAUAAGAUACUUGUGGAAUGGAACGCUGAGUUUCGACAAUACCCUGCCUGCUAUUUCCCAGGCGGAUAAAUGGGGUGUUUUGCUGGACACUAAUGCUGAGGAGAUGGAGUGGCAUUAUGAUCACAUCACUCGCAUACUCAACGCCGUUCCGCAACUUGAGGAGCUUUGUAUAGUGCCUCAUACCUCGGAACUGUAUUGA